AUGGAUGUGCAUGCCAUUGUGCUCUCUACAGAGUUUUGGAAUUCAGUUGAGGAUUGCCUUAGAGUUUCAGCCCCACUACUAAUUGUACUUAGGGUGGUGGAUGGUGAUGAGAAGCUCAUAAUGCUAGAGGUUGUAGCACUUAUGAAUCAUGCAAAAGAGAAGAUCAAGCUAAGCUUUGCUAUCCAAACCAAGAAAACCUUGAUGAAGAAAAUUAUGGAUAUCAUUGAGAAAUGUCGGGUGAAACAAAUGGAUCAUCCUUUACAUGGGGCUGCAUUGUACUUGAACCCAGGGAAAUUACAUCCUCUCAUAACAGCUGAUGAUGAUGCCACUAUUGGGCAGCUAAGAGGUUGCUUCCUUGAAGUUCUUGGAAGAAUGGUGGAUGAUAAAGAUACUCAAGCCAAGAUUGAUGCUCAAUCCUUGGACUAUGAAGCCCUUAGAGGAGAUGCAUUCUCAAAUAAGUUGGCUAAACAAAACCUUGAGUCAAUGAGCCCUUUUGAUUGGUGGCGUUCAUAUAUUGGUCGUGCUAUUGAGCUUCAACGGUUUGCUAGGCGCAUUUUUAGUCUAUGUGCUUCAUCAUCUGGUUGUGAGAGGAAUUGGAGCACAUUCAAGUUUAUCCAUACAAAGAAAAGAAAUCGCUUGCUGCAUCAGAGGUUGAAUUCUAUUGUUUUUGUUUCCUACACCCGGAAGAUGAAGACUAGGUUUCAGAUAAGGCGUGAGAAAAAAGGAAAGAGUUUUAAUCCUUUGGUCAUUGAAGAGUUCAAUUGGGAUAAUGAGUGGGCUGACUCUUCUUUUGUACACCGUCAAGCUCUUGGUGCAUCAAGCUCGCUCCGAGGAUGCAAUCUCAGAAGGAAUGCUAGCAGCAACCAUGCAAGACCUUCUAGCCCAAGUUUGGUUGAAGAUGACUUUGGUUCAGAUGAUGAAGAAGAUGAAGCAAGUCAAGACCCACAUGACGAUGCUGAUGUCACAGAUUGCGAAGAUGCUCCUGGUCCUAAUGGCUCCAACAAUGGAGAGGACAUUGAGGCUGCUGCAAACAUCCAUGAUGAAUUUGAUGAUGGAUAUUGA